AUGACUGUUGAUCUUGUCCGGAAGCUAGGCUCCAGCGUGGCGAGCUUGUCCUUCGGUUGCAGCGCUACCCCGGACGCCGCCGCCAAUAUGUUCGAUGAUCUCGUCCAGGAAUUGAAAGAUGCCCUCGGCCCGUCGUCGGGACUCACAUCCGACGAUGUCGACUUGGAGCACCUGACGCGGCUGAUGGAGGAGUAUCAGACCGACGAGCGGCAGUGGGCUAGGUUUGCCAUGGGCGACGCGAGCAGAGGUUACACGAGGAACCUAGUCGACGAAGGCAAUGGCAAGAGCAAUCUGCUUGUUCUCGUCUGGUCGCCCGGCAAGGGCAGCCCGAUCCACGACCACGGCAACGCCCAUUGCCUCAUGAAGAUCCUCCGAGGCACCUUGACAGAGACGAGAUAUGGGUUCCCCGACAGCGAUAAGGAGGAGCCGAUGAAGGUGAUAUCAGAAAAGGGGUACCGCGAGAACGAGGUCGCAUACAUGGCUGACGAGCUCGGAGUCCACCGAGUGUGGAACCGGGGCAGCGACUUCGCCGUGUCCCUCCACCUGUACACUCCGCCUAAUGUGGCCAAAGGGGGUUGCCAUAUCUUCAACCCCGACACGGGGAAGAAAAGCCAUGUUAAGAACUGCGGAUACUACUCCGCGUAUGGACAGAAAUUGUGA